UCAAACACUUCUGUUGAUCACUUUUCUUACUUCUUAUUAAACAUACAGGGAACACUAAUCUGGCAGAGGCUCAUGCCAGAAAAGUAUUAUGAAAAGAAACACCUUUUUGACAUGCACACUUGGGAAGUAUGACAUGGAAGGGAUCACUCCACUGACUUAAGCGUACUCCUAUAAUAACAGCCCCAAACCAAGAAAGCAAUAAAUAUGUAAUGACAAAAAAAAUAAUUUAGGAAGGAUUUAUAAAUGCAAAAAGAAAUUUUUGAGCUCCAUUGCACAUGGCAAAACAUUACCAUGAUGUCUCAGCUCUACUCCACCCAUUUCCCCUCACACAGCAAAUACCUGGAGGGCACCAGAUUUCCACUCCCAUUGGCAAGUCAGAUUGGUACAUAUCACUUAUUUGGCAAGGACAUACUAAACUGACUUCCCCUCCAAACAAAAGGGAGAAAGAAAAAGAAUUAAAGAUCUUCCGAGAAGGUGGGGUCUGCUACUGAAACACCCCCUGCCUUCCCUAUAUAAAGGUUGAACUGUACUCUGAUCUGCCUUGCUCUGUGUUGUAUGCUUCGCAUAACAGAUCCAGAGCACCUCGAGCACCAUGGCCUUUUCUGUGCGCACAAGCGGUGGAUCCCGGCAAUUCUCUUCUCGAAGCGGACUUGGCGGGGGAUCUCUGAGAAUGUCUGGUUCUAGUGGGGGAGCAGGCUUCGGUGGCAGUGGACUUGGGUUUGGUGGUGGAUCUGGCGGAGGUUUUGGUGCUGCUUCUAUGCUUGGUUCCGGCUCUGGCUUUGGUGGAGGUUUUGGGAGUAGCUCAGGUGGAGGCUUUGGGAGCAGCUUAAGCAGUGGCUUUGGUGGAGGCUACGGUAGUGGUUUAGGUGGUAGCUAUGGAGGUGGCUUAGGCAGUGCUUUUGGGGGAGGUUUAGGCAGUGCUUUUGGCAGCAGCUCAGGUGCUGGUUUCGGAGGUGGCUUUGGUAGCGGCUCAGGAUCUGGUUUUGGAGGUGGUUUUGGUGGUGCUGGUGCUGGGGAUGGCGGACUUAUUUCUGGCUCCAAAAAAGAAACGAUGCAGAACCUCAACGACCGUCUGGCUGCUUAUCUGGACAAAGUACGAUCUCUGGAGGAUGCCAACACAGAAUUGGAGCGCAAAAUCCGCGAGUGGUAUGAGAAAAAUGGCCCUGGUGUUGGCAUCCCUGGAUCUGGGAAUGACUACAGUAAAUACUAUCCUAUAAUUGAAGAUCUUCGAAGCAAGAUCAUCAAUGCAACUAUCGACAAUGCAAGAAUCAUUUUGCAGGUUGAUAAUGCCAGACUGGCUGCUGAUGACUUCAGACUGAAAUAUGAGAAUGAAGUGGCUCUUCGCCAGAGUGUGGAAGCUGACAUCAAUGGUCUGCGCAGAGUUCUUGAUGAGCUGACUUUGACAAGAGCUGAUUUGGAGAUGCAGAUUGAAAGCCUGAAUGAAGAACUGGCUUACCUCAAGAAGAAUCACGAAGAGGAGCUUCAAGGCAUCCAAAGCAGUGCAUGUGGUCAAGUCAGCGUUGAAAUGGAUGCUGCUCCAGGAAUUGACCUGACCAAGCUUUUGAAUGACAUGAGGGGACAGUAUGAAGUCAUUGCUGAGCAAAAUCGUAAAGAGGCUGAAGCAUGGUUCAAUGAAAAAAGCGGGGAGCUGAAAAGGGAAAUCUCCACCAAUACUGAGCAGCUUCAGUCAGGAAAGAGUGAGAUAACAGAUUUAAAACGGACCCUCCAGAGCCUGGAAAUUGAACUACAAUCUCAGCUUGCCAUGAAAAAAUCCCUUGAAGACACUUUAGCAGAAACAGAAGGAGGUUACUGUGCUCAGCUUUCACAAAUCCAACUUCAGAUUGGGAAUCUGGAGUCUCAGCUGUUUCAGGUCAGGGCUGAUAUGGAGCGCCAGAAUGCAGAGUAUCAACAACUUCUAGACAUUAAGACUCGCCUGGAGAUGGAGAUUGAAACCUAUCGUCGCUUGCUGGAUGGCGAGUUUGUGAGUGCAGGACCAGGAGUUACAUUUGAAAGCUCAUCCUUGACAGGGUCUAAAUCACAAACACAAUCACUGGAUUCUUCGCAGGAUCCUGCCAAAACUAGAAAGAUCAAGACAAUUGUUGAAGAAGUGGUAGAUGGAAAAGUUGUUGCAUCCCAUGUUAAGGAAGUUGAAGAGAAGAUAUAAGGCACAAUCUGAUAUUGCAAAGGAUCCAUUCACUCCAUGUUUUUUCAAAGCCAAAGUGGAUAAAUAAUUUCAUGCAGUUGUAUAAAAUGAAAAAAAUAGAUUGGCU